UAAACCUACGAUCUUUCUUUCUUUUAAUGGAACUCUUGUCAACAAUCCUCAGCCUGAGGAUUGGUUGGGGUUGGGGUUGGGACAAAGUAAUGUAAUCCGUGUAUCCAAUCCCCUAUCUUGAGUCGUGUUUGAAUAGAGAUUUCAUGUUCCAAUUGGAUAUCUCUAAUUACUAUAGUCAACUAAUACAACCAACUCAUUUUCGUGUAAACAUAAAAGGUGUCACAAAUUCAAUAAGAUAUUAAGAAUGAGUAAGAACAUAAAUCAAUUGAUAAUAUGGGUAAAAAAUGAAAGAAUUGUAGCGGGAAAAGUUUGAAAGGAAUAGGUUUAGGCAUUGAUGGCGACGUCUUUCUUUGUCCUGGCUUGGAUUACAAGUCUGAUGAAAAAAGGGAACCAUGAAGAAGAAGAAGAAGAAGAAGAAGAAGAAGAAAAUGGAAGAAUAUGCUCUGAGAGUAUGUCAACCAUGGCGCAAAGAUUUUCCUGUUUUGUGCGCUGUAGAAAAAGCAAAGCAAAAGCGUGUUCAAACCCAUCUUCAAUUUCAAUCUCCAUCUCUCUGUACAAAACCUGGGCGCUCACUCUCUCUAAAAGAUGGCUUUUCCUUUAUGCCCAUUUCAUGAUUCUCAGCCCUUCUUCCACCGUUGCUUUAUUUUAUCUUACCCUCUUCAUUGCUUUCCCAAGCCAAGAAUCUCUCAUCACUUCCUUUCUCUCCUCUACAGAUUCUCCUCUUUCCCCUUCUCUCUUCGCGCUGCUGCUUUAAACCAUGCCUAAUUCCUCGUUCUUCAAUCCCUUUUCUUCCAACCCCUUAUUUCCCUUUCUCUCUCUCCGUGUCCUUUUCGGUUUCUCAACCCCUUUUCGCUCGGAUCCUAUUCCGCCGAUUCAUACACAAUCAAAGACCCUUUAUCGGGUUCCAUGGCUCCUUCUGCUGUCAACAAUCUAUCUCACCCUUGCAUUUCCGGUAUUUCCAAUGCUUCAUUUCUAGACACUUUCAUCGUUUUUGUUUUCAACUCACUGGAAGAAAAAAUCUGGGUGGAUGAAAUGGUUGAGCAGAAUUUUCCGGUCAGGACCCAACAGGGGAGGCGGCGGCAGUGGCAGUGACAGUGGCAGUAGCAGUGGCGGCCGCCUUCCACAGCAGCUUAUUGGUGAUCAGGAAAACAUAUUCUGGCGAGCUCCGGCGAGAUCAACGGACGAUCCUUCUAGAGCUCAUAAGGAGAAAGAAGAACUAGACCACACAAUUGCACUCUCCUUAGCUGAAGAUUUGAAAAAGCGAAACCGGUAUCGUCGACGUACCGAAAAUGAUGAAGCCAUUUCUAGAGAACUGCAGGACAAGAUGAAUUUAUCUCCUUAUCCUUCCGUUGCCCCUCCUCAGUUCCAUCCUGGCAACUAUAGAUAUUGCAGUGGCUGCAAUCGUGCCAUCGGCUAUGGAAAUUAUUUGGGAUGCAUGGGUACCUACUUCCAUCCUGGGUGUUUUUGUUGUCGUUCUUGCGGUUGUCCUAUUACCGAGCACGAGUUUUCAUUGUCUGGGAAACAUCCAUAUCACAAGUCUUGUUUCAAAGAGCCGACUCAUCCUAGGUGUGAAGUCUGCCACCAAUUUAUCCCUACAAAUCGAGUUGGUUUGAUCGAGUACAGAUGUCAUCCCUUUUGGUCUCAAAAGUAUUGUCCAUCACAUGAACAUGACAACACAGCUCGUUGUUGUAGUUGCGAACGUUUGGAGUCUUGGAAUGCAAGAUAUAUCUCUUUGGGAGACGGACGGAGCCUAUGCCUAGAAUGCAUGGAGUCUGCUAUCAUGGACACCGGAGACUGCCAACCGCUCUACCACUCGAUCCGAGACUAUUAUGAGGGAAUGAACAUGAGAAUAGAUCAGCAAAUUCCCAUGCUUCUAGUUGAAAGACAAGCUCUAAAUGAAGCUAUCGUUGGGGAGAAACAUGGCUUUCAUCACAUGCCCGAGACCAGAGGUUUAUGCCUUUCUGAAGAGCAGACUGUCACCAGUAUCCUCAAGAGGCCAAAAAUUGGAGGGCAUCGACUCGUAGGAAUGAGAACUCAACCACAGAAGUUGAUCCGUAGAUGCGAUGUUACUGCCAUUCUUGUUCUUUAUGGUCUCCCAAGAUUACUAACAGGAUCUAUUCUAGCACACGAGCUAAUGCAUGGCUGGUUACGGCUAAAGGGAUAUCGCAACCUUAACCCGGAGGUAGAAGAAGGUAUCUGUCAAGUGCUUUCAUACAUGUGGCUCGAAUCUGAAGUAAUGCCAGGGUUUAGAUCAGGACCUUCAACAUCAGCUGCGUCCUCAUCUUCUUCCUCUUCAUCAUCAAAGAAAGGUGGUAGAUCUUUUGCUGAAAAGAAACUGGGUGAGUUUUUCAUGCACCAAAUAGCCAAUGAUGCCUCAACAUCUUAUGGGGAUGGUUUCAGAACUGCUAAUGCUGCAGUGAAUAAAUAUGGGUUACGUCGAACGCUCGACCAUAUUCACAUGACUGGAAGUUUUCCUGUGUAAUGAAAACAUGUCUUUUGGAUAGUUUGAUGUUGGGAGACAUUGUUUAUGUUACCAGAUUGAGCUCAAUAUAGAGAGUUUUAGACAGGAUCUGGUUCAAAAGCAGUCACUUUUCCA